ACCCCGUCGAGAGCGUGCGGCCGCUGCGCUUCCAUCUUUGAGGAGCCGGAGCCCGCCGCGGACCAUGGGCGGCGUCCUGGGCCUCUGCUCCAUGGCGAGCUGGAUACCGUGCUUAUGUGGAAGUGCCCCGUGCCUGCUCUGCCGAUGCUGCCCCAGUGGAAACAACUCCACCAUAACUCGGCUGAUUUAUGCAUUCUUUUUACUUCUUGGUGUGAGUGUUGCCUGUGUGAUGUUAAUACCAGGCAUGGAAGAGCAGCUGAAGAAGAUUCCUGGAUUUUGUGAUGGAGGGAUGGGAACAACUAUUCCUGGUGUGCACGGCCACGUGAAUUGCGAUGUACUAGUAGGUUACAAAGCCGUGUACCGUGUGUGCUUUGGUAUGGCCAUGUUCUUCCUUCUCUUCUCCUUAUUGAUGAUCAAAGUGAAGAGCAGCAAUGACCCAAGAGCAGCGGUGCACAAUGGAUUCUGGUUCUUUAAAUUUGCAACAGCACUUGCAAUUAGUGUUGGAGCUUUCUUCAUACCAGAGGGACCAUUUACAACUGUGUGGUUUUAUGUAGGUAUGGCUGGAGCAUUCUGCUUUAUUCUUAUUCAGCUGGUCUUGCUUAUUGACUUCGCCCACUCCUGGAAUGAAUCUUGGGUUGAAAAAAUGGAGGAAGGAAACUCAAGAUGCUGGUAUGCAGCUCUGCUGUCAGCUACAGCUGUCAAUUAUCUGCUGUCUCUAGUAGCUAUUGUCUUGUUUUAUGUUUAUUACACUCAUCCAGAAGGUUGUUCUGAAAACAAGACAUUCAUCAGUGUUAAUAUGCUGCUGUGUAUUGGUGCUUCUGUAAUGUCAAUUCUGCCGAAGAUUCAGGAAUCUCAGCCAAGAUCUGGUUUGCUGCAGUCUUCUGUGAUCACAAUUUAUACAAUGUAUUUGACUUGGUCAGCUAUGACCAAUGAACCAGAUAGGCGCUGUAACCCGAGUUUGCUGAGCAUCAUUGGUUACAACAGCACCACCAUUCCAACCCAAGGUCAGGUAGUUCAGUGGUGGGAUGCACAAGGAAUUGUAGGACUGGUUUUGUUUUUGCUGUGUGUUCUCUAUUCAAGCAUCCGAACAUCCAACAACAGCCAAGUUAACAAGUUGAUGCUGACCAGUGAUGAAUCAACACUGAUAGAGGAUGGAAUGCCCAGGAGUGACGGCUCCCUUGAUGAUGGAGAUGAUGUUCACCGAGCCAUAGAUAAUGAGAGGGAUGGAGUUACUUACAGUUACUCCUUCUUUCAUUUCAUGCUUUUCCUGGCAUCACUGUAUAUCAUGAUGACACUUACCAACUGGUACAGUCCGGAUUCUUCUUAUGAGACAAUGACCAGCAAGUGGCCGUCUGUCUGGGUGAAGAUAUCUUCCAGCUGGAUUGGCAUCGUGCUGUACGUGUGGACUCUGGUUGCUCCGCUGGUUCUUACAAACCGUGACUUUGACUAAGCUGUGCUGCUCUCUAGGGAGAUUGUGCUAGCAUCACCGUGUCUUUGAAACAAACAGUGUUCCAGAUAAUAGUGCAGUUGUAAAUACGUGUGUGUGUGCGUGCGUGUGUGUGCUACCCAUGUAGUAUACCCUGCUUUAUUCUGCAUGAUUACCUUGAAUCAUGUCUUUUGUCAUUUCACUGAAUGACUUUUUCUAGCUGAGCUCAGUGACAAUUGCUGUAAUGAUGGUUUUCAUAGGAGCUUCGGGAACAUUAGAUCUAAGAUCAAGACCUUUUGGAAGUAGGUUUUUUUCCCCCUCAAUUGCAUUAGAUAGUUGUAGGAAAAAAAGUGCAAGUGUUAAUUAAGGUAGCAAACCAGUAUUAGAUCAGGUUUCGCAAGCAAAGGAGGGGCUGCCUUUGAUGAUCCCUGUUGCCUUGAUUCCAAAAGAAAGUCUUGAGUAAGCAUUGCUAAGACUCAAAGUUGUGCAUGUUGGAGUUUACUGGACAUCUUGCAGCGUUUUGGCACUGACAGCCCGACCUUUUCCCGCCCUGAGGGCAGCGAUACCUUUAGCACAGAUGUUACGUGGGGAAGCUUGCACCUGAAGCUGCGGAGGAGCCGAUGUCCUCCGUGGUGCUGUUGGGUCCGACGUGUCCCAUUGCAGGCAGGAGGACGGUCACCCUGGGGAAAAACAUCCUGGUAUCGGAUGCUCAGAAGCAUGUUUUUAAGGCACCUGUUUACAAUGUGCAUCUAUGUAUUACUGGGUUUUUUUGCUGAAGUAGUUUAAAUGGGAUAGCUGUGCUGUAAUUUAUUGCUGUUUCAUGUGCCACUCUCUUGGCUAAGCUACAAUCACAGACUUUGCAAGGAGCCGAGUGGUGAAAACUGUGUAAGCCCUUUAGAGGAAUUUUUUGAGUCUUGUGGUUAAAAAGAAGUAGAGGAAAAGGAGCACUGAAUUAUAGUAACUAAAGGAGGCUCGCAUUAACUGAGGCUUCAAUGGAAGUGUUUCUUAAUAUAUUUGGGGCUCUAAAUUUUGAAAUCUUUUAAUGUAUUCAGUAUUUUGCUCGUUGUCCAUUGCCAGAGAUGGACUUGAGCCUAGAAAGUCUAAAUCUAGGCAGAAGGUAAGACAUUAAUCUGUUUGAUUAAAAUACUGUAUAGUUCCUGUGCAUUUACAAAAUCUUAAAUGCUUUUGUGCUUGCUGCUUUGUAAUUAAAGUAUGUAAGCUGCAUUAUUUCUCUCUCUCUUACUUGCUACGGCUUGAGACUCGAGCAGCCUGACUGGGAGUGACCCCACAGCCUUCAGCAGAUGUCAGGCUGAUCUGUUACCGUGGUGUUCAUACUGUUACUUCCUGUUGCUAAUUAUUCUCUAAGAUUUUAUUUUAAUUCUGCGCCUAAACACUGACAUUUACUGCAGAAGUCUGACAUGUCAGUCAAACUUGAGAUGGUAAUGGAAGGAUUAGUAAAGGCUUGUAGUAAUUUGGAAUAUGUUGUUACCUUAUUAAUAAAUAAAUUUGGAUGAAGAUGUCCAAUGA